GAACAAGGCGUCGCCCGAGUUUCCCGGAUGUAGUUGGAGGAGCGGCAGCGGCGGCGGCGGUGGUGGGAGCAGCGGGGGGAGGAGGCGUCUGUGCGCCUCAGUAUCUCAGCGUGUGCGGGGCCGAGCUGUGGCGUCUCCCCUUUCGCUGUGCAGAGAGGAGAUGGGCCCGUGAGCGCUGCUCCCAGCCGAGCUGCCUGAGCCGCCCCCUCCCUGUCUCCCUCCCCUUCCCUGUCCCGGUCGGUGGUGAGGCGGAGCGCUGUCUCCCCCUCCUCCCCCCUCGGCGCCUGUGGCCCGGCCGCGGCCGUCCCCUCCUGGUCCCCUCACACUCACGCACACAGGCCGGGCAUUGAUGGUAAUGUAUGCGAGGAAACAGCAGAGACUCAGUGAUGGCUGUCACGACCGCAGGGGGGACUCUCAGCCCUACCAGACUCUUAAAUACUCAUCAAAGAGUCACCCCAGUGGUGGCGAUCACCGUCAUGACAAGAUACGAGACACCACAGAUCCUUCACCACCAAAUAAAAUGUUGCGGCGAUCUGAUAGCCCUGAAAACAAAUAUGGUGACACCACAGGGCACAGUAAAGCAAAAAGUGUGCAUACUCACAGAGUUAGAGAGAGGGAUGGAGGGACCAGUUACUCUCCACAAGAAAAUUCACAUAACCACAGUGCUCUUCAUAGCUCAAAUUCACAUUCUUCUAAUCCAAGCAAUAAUCCAAGCAAAACUUCAGAUGCAUCCUACGAGUCUGCGGAUGACUGGUCUGAGCACAUCAGCUCUUCUGGCAAAAAAUACUACUAUAACUGCCGAACAGAAGUUUCACAAUGGGAAAAACCAAAGGAGUGGCUUGAAAGAGAGCAGAGACAAAAAGAAGCAAGCAAAAUAUCAGUUAACAGUUUCCCAAAAGAUAGGGACUACAGAAGAGAGGUGAUGCAGGCAACAGCUGCCAGUGGGUUCGCCAGUGGAAUGGAAGACAAGCAUUCCAGUGAUGCCAGUAGUAUACUCCCUCAGAAUAUUUUGUCUCAGACAAGCAGACACAAUGACAGAGACUACAGACUGCCAAGAGCAGAGACUCACAGUAGUUCUACUCCAGUACAACAUCCCAUCAAACCAGUGGUUCAUCCAACUGCUACCCCAAGCACUGUUCCUCCUACUCCAUUUUCUCUACAAUCUGAUCACCAGCCAAAGAAAUCUUUUGAUGCUAAUGGAGCAUCUACUUUAUCAAAACUGCCUACACCCACAUCGUCCAUCCCAUCUCAGAAGACAGAUAGAAAAGAGUCUGCAUCCGUGGACAAGUCUGUAUCCCAUUCUUGCACAACUCCUUCAACAUCAUCUGCUUCUGGACUGAAUCCAACUUCUGCACCUGCUACUUCCACAGUCCCUGUCUCACCUGUCCCACAAUCACCAAUUCCUCCAUUACUGCAGGACCCAAAUCUCCUUCGACAGCUGCUGCCUGCUCUUCAAGCCACCCUGCAGCUUAAUAAUUCUAGUGUAGAUAUAUCCAAAAUAAAUGAAGUUCUUACAGCAGCUGUGACACAAGCCUCUCUGCAGUCUAUACUCCAUAAGAUUCUCACUGCUGGACCAUCUGCUUUCAAUAUUACUUCCCUGAUUUCUCAAGCUGCACAACUAUCUGCACAAGCUCAGCCAUCUAAUCAGUCUCCAAUGUCUUUAACUUCGGAUGCCUCAUCGCCAAGGUCAUAUGUUUCUCCAAGAAUAAGCACGCCUCAAACCAACACAGUUCCUCUGAAACCUUUGAUGAAUACGCCCCCUGUAUCAUCACAGCCAAAGGUAACUACUCCAGGUGUAAAGCAAGGACCAGCUUCACAGUCAGCACCUCAGCAGCCAGUAGUAGCUGACAAGCAGACAGGCCAUGAGCCUGCCUCUCCUCGAAGUCUUCAGCGCUCAAGUAGUCAGAGAAGUCCAUCACCAGCUCCAAAUCAUACCUCUAGCACUAGUGCAUCAAAUUCAGCAACUACACCACAGAAUGCAUCUGUUCGGCCUACAUGUUCAUUAACACCUACACUAGCAGCACAUUUCAAUGAAAAUCUUAUAAAACAUGUUCAAGGCUGGCCUGCAGAUCAUGCAGAAAAGCAGGCAUCAAGAUUACGUGAGGAAGCCCAUAAUAUGGGAAGUGUUCAUAUGUCAGAAAUUUGUACUGAAUUAAAAAAUUUAAGAUCUUUAGUUCGAGUAUGUGAAAUUCAAGCAACAUUGCGUGAGCAAAGGAUACUAUUUUUGAGGCAACAAAUUAAAGAACUUGAAAAGCUAAAGAAUCAGAAUUCCUUCAUGGUGUGAAAAGUUGUGAAUAAUUGCACAUAGUUUUGAGUACAGGAACUGUAAAACUGGUUGCCCAGUCUUAACAUUUUUGAGCUGCAUUUGAGUAGACUUCGGACCAUUGAGCUGGGCAAAAGAAAUGACAAGGGGAAGGGGACGGGGACAGGAGGGAGUCAAUUCAAGGGGAAAGAAUACAAGGAUGAUUUGUAAAACCCUUGAAAUGUAGAUUUCUUGUAGAUGUAUUCUUCACGUUGUAAAUAUGUUUUGUAGAGUGAAGCCAUGGGAAGCCAUGUGUAUCAGAGCUUAGACAUCCAAAACUAAUCAAUGCUGAGGUGGCUAAAUACCUAGCCUUUUACAUGUAAACCUGUCUGCAAAAUUAGCUUUCUUUUUUAGUUAAUUUAUCAUUCAGAAAUCUUGCAUUUCUUAAAAUUUAAUGCGAGCGCCAGGCGAUCUGUAUGUAAGGCUGCAACAAUUUGGAACAGUUUGGGUAAUGUACAAAGUGUCAUGAAACAACUGUUUCCACACUUGCACCGAAUCAAGAGCAGUGCUUCUCCAUUUCUGUUUUAAAGAGAAACAUUUUUCAUUUUCUGUGUUCCAUUUCCCCUUGAAAUCCUAAAUCUGAUUUAUCAGUUUUUUAAUGCUUCUAAUUUUCUCAUUUCUUAAGGCACUGUUGCUAUGGCACUUUUUCUAUAAUCUUUUCAUUCCUGUGUACAGUAGCUUAAAAUUGCAGUGAUUGAGCAUAACCCACUGUUUGUAUAAAUUAUUGAAACGUAUUUCCAUUUGCACCCUGUAAGACUGGUCUUAUAGUACUGCUGGGCAUGUGUGUUGAAAGUACAUUACUUGCUCAAAUAUAAGGAAAUAGCCCAAUGAACAUGUUAACAUGGUUGUGGGAGGGGAAAGAGGAAAAAGCUAGUCAGAUGUGAAUUGUAUCUGUUGUAAUAAACAUGUUAAAACAAUGAAACACUGGUUUUCAUUUCCUUUGGUCAGCGCAUAUUAGAAUUUGGUCUAUUUGGGGAUUCUUUAUCAGAACUAUUCUUGUUGAACAUUUUUGUACUUAAUUGAAAUAAUUUCUCAAGGGAGGUUGUGUUUAAAAAUUGUAAACAAUAAAUUGUGUAUAAAAUAUUUAAU